UGGCCGGCAGGUGAGGGCGGGCGAGCACAGAAGGGCACACUAUUGCCAUUGCUGCCACUUGGGUUUGUCCUUCUGCUGCAGAUUUUAACUCCGAAAACCUGCCUGCCAGGGGCUCCCUGCAGCUCUUUCCGGUGCAGGCUUCUGGCUCUCUCUCAGGGUUCUGCAAGAGGAAGGAGUGGGUCUGUGAGUGUUUAUAUGUUUUUCUAGUCCCUUCACACUUAUGAAAAGUGUGUAUAUGUGAGAGUGUGCAGAGUGUGGGGGGGUUGUCAAAGAGAGAACGAGGACGGAAGAGAAGGAGAGUUCUCUGAGAGCUCCUGUGGCCCUGGCUUCAGGGUCCCUCAGUGGGCUGCCUCUGUAGCCAGGCUCUCCUGGUGCACGGCUCUGAAAUGAAGUCCCCCUGGAACAUCUGUUUGGCGACUCCUCUGUUCUUACUCCUGCCCAUUCACACAUGGGCCUCUCCAGCCUCUGAGGACCAGGCCAGCGCCAGAUACUCCAAUGGCCACACCUGUGUAGCCUGUGUGGUGGUGGUAUCCAUGAUUGAACAACUUGCUCAAGUUCACAACUCCACGGUGGAGGCCUUGAUGGAGAGACUCUGCAGCUACCUGCCAGAAAAGUUAUUCUUGAAGACCACCUGCUACUUAGUGAUAGAAAUAUUUGGACCAGACCUCAUAAAACUGCUUAACACAGAUAUGAAUGCUGAUGUGGUGUGUCAUUCCCUGGAGUUUUGUAAGCAGGACCCUGGCCAACCAUUGUGUCAUCUCUACCCACUUCCCAAGGAGGCAUGGAAACCUACCCUAGAGAAGGCGAGACAGAUCGUGAAGAAAUCCCCAAGUCUGAAACACUCCAGAAGUAGUUCUGAUAUUUGUUCCCUCCCAUUUUUGGCCAGGAUCUGUCAGAGGAUUAAAUCAGCUAUAAAAAAUUCUGUGCCAUUCAAAGAUGUAGAUUCAGACAAAUACAGUGUUUUCCCAACACUGAGGGGCUACCACUGGCGAGGAAGAGACUGCAAUGACAGCAACAAGAUGGCAUAUCCGGGCAGAAGGCCAGUCAACUGGGAUAUACAUGAGGAUUCAAACUGUAAUGGCAUUUGGGGUGUCGAUCCAAAAGAUGGAAUUCCAUAUGAGAAGAAGUUCUGUGAAGGUUCACAGCCCAGGGGAAUCAUUUUGCUGGGAGACUCAGCUGGGGCUCAUUUUCACAUCUCUCCCGAAUGGCUCACAGCUUCACAGAUGUCUUUGAAAUCCUUCAUCAAUUUACCAACAGCUCUUACCAAUGAGCUCAACUGGCCCCAACUCUCUGGCGCUACUGGGUUUCUGGACUCCAUUAGUGGAAUUAAGGAAAACUCUAUUUACCUUCGAUUACGGAAAAGAAACCACUGCAAUCACAGAGACUACCAGAAUAUUUCAAGAAAUGGUGCAUCUUCCCAAAACCUGAAGAAGUUUAUAGAAAGUUUGUCUAGGAACCAACUGUUGGACCAUCCAGCCAUCGUCAUAUACGCCAUGAUUGGAAAUGAUGUCUGCAGCAGGAAAGUUGACCCAGUCCCAGAAAUGACCACUCCGGAGCAAUUAUACUCCAGUAUCAUGCAGACUCUGAAGUAUCUAAAUUCCCACCUGCCCAAUGGCAGCCAUGUUAUUUUAUACGGCUUACCAGAUGGAAGGUUUCUCUGGGAUAAUUUGCACGACAGAUAUUAUCCUCUCGGCCAGCUAAAUAAGGACGUGACCUAUGCGCAUUUCUACUCCUUCCUGAACUGUCUCCAGGUCAGCCCCUGCCACGGCUGGAUGUCCUCCAACAAGACGCUCCGGACUCUCACUUCAGAGAGAGCAAAACAACUCUCCCAUACACUGAAAAAAAUUGCAGCCAGCAAGAAAUUUACGAACUUCGAUCUUUUCUACGUGGAUUUUGACUUCCAGGAAGUCACAGAGGAGUGGCAGAAAAGAGGCGGGCAGCCUUGGCAGCUCAUUGAACCAGUCGAUGGAUUCCACCCCAAUGAGGUGGCUUUGCUGCUGUUGGCAGAUCACUUCUGGAAGAAGGUGCAACUCCAGUGGCCCCAGGUUCUGGGGAAGGAGAAUCCAUUCAACCCUCAGAUUGAACAAGUGUUUGGAGAUCAAGGAGGCCACUGAGUGCCUCCAGGAUAUGCACUCCUGGAAAGCUCAGGGAGGCAAGAACAAAGUGCUUUUCUCUCCUCUUGGAGUCUGUCUGAAUGACAACGUGAUUCUGUGUGUUUCGGGGAGCAGUCCCCUCCAUUUGUCCCUCAGAUCACCUUCCAUUAAAGUGUUUUGGAUGCCAUUCCAAGCAAGAGAGUUUCUGUGCCCUUCAAUAGCUAAUUGUUUAAAAACAAAUUAAAGGUCCCAGGGCCUUGGUUCACCAGGACUGAUGAACAGUUAGAGUUCAACAGCACUCUGCUGCUGUUGCUUUAAGAGGGCCAGCAACCAGGGCUGCCCCUGGGGAGGCUGCUGGCCGGCUGCCUGCCGAGGAUGCUCACAAGAAAACACAAAACCAUAAAUACAGAAUCAGGGACAAACCUGAAUGUUUAUUUAGAAGGAGAAAAGGAAUCGCAACAAAUUACGAAUUUUUAAAAGUUGCCAAAUAGCAUAAACCCCACAAAAUCCAGAUGAUUGAGAAAAAAAAAGAUGACCAUUUUCUUUAAAAGGUUUUCUUACAUCCUCUGGCUGCAUAAUCUCAUCAUCCUUUCCUAUAACAGUGAUUUGGUGAUAUCAUUGUGUACAGAAAGGACAGAAAAGCAAAACGUGUCUCUUUUUAUUGAUAAUUUGGAAGAAUUUCUUUCAACUGCGUAAAGUUGGUAAAGUCAUGUAAACUUUUAGAAUUGUCAAACUGGGAAGACCUCUAUCAAAUUUCUUUUGAGUGAGAGCUAUUAGAGACACACUCCCUAUUUGGAGUAUUGUUAAUGUUUUGUGUGCAAAUACGCCCAGGAAUUCUGGCAAAUUCUGUUGUACGCCAUUCUCAUUGGUGUGUCAUCUCCCUUGCCCAUCACCGAUGCAGCCAUGGAUUCAGGGAUGUACACCCAGACCCAUGUCAUGCUGCCAGCAUCCCACUUCACAUGGGCACAUCCUCCUCCAUUCUGCCCUCAGGAGCAUGCUUGACACAGCCCAGAGGUGUGGGGCAGUUCCACCCCAGGGGUCCCAGGAGCCAGUGAAUAAAUGCACCAGCCUCUUCCUUUCAUGGUCCCUUUGGGGAGGCAUUCAGUGUGUUUCUCAGGGCAGAGUCAGCCCCUUUGUUCAUGGCAACAAUGCCUUAGAUGAUGCUUCAUUCUACCCUGUGUCCCUCUCCUUGCUCCCUCAUUCCUGCUUUCUGGGAUGCUUCCCAA